AAGAAGAAGAUGGCGAGAAGCAUCUCUUACAUCACCUCAACUCAGCUCCUUCCUCUCCACCGUCGUCCCAACAUCGCCAUCAUCGAUGUCAGAGAUGAAGAGAGGAAUUAUGAUGGGCAUAUAGCUGGGUCGCUACACUAUGCAAGUGACUCUUUUGAUGACAGGAUCUCUCAUCUUGUUCAAAAUGUCAAGGACAAAGACACACUCGUCUUCCAUUGUGCUUUGAGCCAGGUUCGUGGCCCAACAUGUGCAAGAAGACUGGUGAAUUAUCUUGAUGAGAAGAAAGAAGAAACUGGAAUAAAAAACAUAAUGAUCCUGGAACGAGGCUUCAAUGGCUGGGAAACUGCUGGUAAACCGGUUUGCCGCUGCGCAGAAGUUCCUUGCAAAGGCGAUUGCUCCUAAGCCAUACUACUAAACCAUUCGAACCUAAUUAAUCUCCACAGUAUCAUGUAUUAAGUGGAAGCUCAUCAUCAUUCAUAACAUAAUCUAUUCCCAAUAUGUUACUUUACUUGAAAGAAACAAACUCUCAUGUAGCUCUAUUGAUUGUUGACAAUGACCAUAUUAAAGGGCCUUUUGGGUAUUAUCUGUUAUCUCAGCUUCCC